CCAGGUUCAGUUUCGCUGCACAUCAAUGUUUCAUCCAAUUAUACUGCUAAUCGAUAUGAUCGCAUGUUUUGGUGAAGCAAUCCUACUGUGUGUCUGGUGGAACCACGGUUGUGAAGCUAUAAUAACUAUGUGUCGCACGUGUUUCACAGCCAUACUGUGGAAAACAUGGAGGAGGUGAGCGCGGUGGUUGAGAACAGCAGUAUGAAAGAGGAGAUGUUGGAGGACGCAGUGAUGAUCUCGUCGGACGCAAUGCAGCGGUUCCAGGAUCACAAGGAUAUCGCAACCUAUGUAAAAAGAGAAUUUGAUAGGAAGUAUGGUAAAACUUGGCAUUGUGUCGUUGGCAGAGAUUAUGGCAGUUUCAUCACACAUGAAGAAGGACACUUUGCUGAUUUCCGCUUGCAGCAUCUUGCCUUUCUCUUGUACAAAACUGUUUGAUACAAUACAGGCAGCUAAAACAAUUGCUUAGGUG